CCGGCUACAGCCAUCCAUCGCAUCCUAUCAUUCCAGCACACCAUUGUCACUCCACGCCGUAUCUUACUUCCUUCUCGUAAACACGCCCUACCACUUCUUCCACCAUCAUGCUCCGCCGCCAAUCUCGCGAGCGUCGCGAGUACCUCUACCGCAAAUCCCUCGAGGCCCAAGAAGCCCAACUCUACUCCCGCAAGCAACGAAUCCGCCAACUCCUCGCCGAGGGCAAAGCGAUCCCCAAGGAGCUUCGUGGUGAUGUCGCCUCGCUUCAGGGAGAGAAGCUCGCCAGAGGAGUGGAUAUGGAUGCAGCUCAGUCUGAUCCUCUGACUAGCUUUGACUCAGAGUACGCCACGGCGGGCAGUCGUGACCCGCGAAUUCUCCUCACCACUUCCCGUAAUCCCUCUAGCCGUCUCACUGCUUUCGCAAAGGAGAUGCGACUCGUUUUCCCCAAUUCAACGAGGAUCAAUCGUGGUGGAUACAAAGUCAACGAUUUAGCCGCUGCAGCGAGGGCAAAUGAUAUCAGCGAUCUAGUUGUGGUGCAUGAGCAUCGCGGUGUGCCAGACGCAAUGGUCGUCAGCCAUUUUCCACACGGACCUACCGUCCUCUUCACUCUACACAAUGUCGUACUACGUCAUGAAGUUGCUGCACACGCCACUUCGACUGUCAGCGAACAGUAUCCACAUUUGAUCUUUGAUGGGUUUGAGAGCAAAUUGGGAGCAAGAGUGAGGGAUGUACUCAAGUACUUGUUUCCAGUGCCGAAGGAGGAGAGUAAGAGGGUCAUGACAUUCAAGAACGAGAGGGACUUUUUGAGCUUCAGACAUCACGUCUUCCUAAAGACCUCUCACCGCGAAGUCUCCCUAGCCGAAGUUGGACCACGAUUCGAGAUGCGGCCCUAUGAGAUCCGACAGGGCACCCUCGAGAUGGGAGACAGUGCCGAUGUGGAGUGGAUCUUGCGACCUUACAUGCGCACAAGUGGGAAGAGAAACGUGCUCUGAUAUGGCUCGAGAGGAGGAGAAGGGGGAGGAGGGAGAUGGCGGGAGAGGGAGCCCUUUCACUUGUACUUUAGACAUUCACUAUCAAUUGAGCGAGCGAACAUGCAU